AUAUAUAAAUAAUUAUAUGUAUGUACAUGUAAAUAAGGGAGAAAAAAGAGAAAAAGAGGAUAUCAGAAACAUUAGUAAGCACAGAAAGAAAAGCAGAGCAGAUAGUAAAACAGUAAGAAAAAAGCAUUGUAAGUUUUAAGCCGGAAAGGGGGAAAGAUAGAGAUAACGAUAUCGAAAGCAGGCUAAGAUAGUAGUCACGACGACAGUGCCGUCCGCUCUCUGCUCGAUUGUACUUAAACGAGCAACACCAGCUGCAAGUCAUCGGCGGUAAGUUGAGUGUGACAAGGAAAGGACAACACCAAUGAUACGGAUCCCUCGUUGUAAAAAAGAGUAUAAAAAAGGAUAAAACGCAAACUAACGUUGAUUUUAUUGUGUGUGAUAUUUAAAAUUUAAGCAUUAAUUUAAACGCUAAAUAUUGAAAAGGGAAGCCGAGUGCGCAUAUUAAAAACCAAACCGGUAUACAUCAAAAAUACCAAGGAUCACAGUUCGACAUUGAAAACCAUAAAAAAUACAUUCAGCUGUAACGGAAAGAAGCAGAGGAAGCUGAAAAUCAAACAUCAACUAUGACAUACUCGCACAAUAGCGUUAGUAAUAAUUUAAAAAUGACAACAACCGCAGCAGCAGCCGCAACGACAACAAUAACUCGCUUGAAAAAAUUGUCGAAUAGUAGUGGUGGGUGUGGUGGUGGCAAUGGUGGAAGCCGCAACUCGCCUACAAUAACAUCAACUUCACCCGUAACUGCACAUUCCAACAGUAUUGCCAGCAGUACAAAUUAUCAAUACUAUUACCAACAACAACAACAACAACAACAACUUGUGUUGAGUUCUUCACCGCCGGGUUGUCCAAUGUCGUCAGGUGCCUCCACGUCAUCGAAUUGCAGCGAAUCGUCAUUAGGUUCUAGUGGCAUUGGAAGCGGCAAUUCUUCGUCGCGCCUACGGAAGCAGCAACAGCGAAAGCAGCAGCAGCAGGUUCAGCAGCAGCAACGCAACUCGCCCCAAUCAACAAGUGGUAGUGGAAGUGAUAGUGGCGUGUUCUUCAGUAAUAAUCAUCAUUAUCAUUCGCAUCAUGGCAGCAAGCGUGGUGCUGGCGCCAAUAAGCAACGUGACGGUCAGAGAUCGCCGAACGCACAGCAGCAGCAGCAGCAGCAGCUGCAAACCCGUCAAUCACCAGCUGUGAUACUGGGGGGUGGUGCAAAUCCAGUGGUUAUCAAUAGUAACGGCGGCAGUGCCGGUCGGAAGCAUCGCGCAAAGUUUGCUAUGAACAAUAGCCCCCUGUUCGGCCAGGUCUCGCCUACGCAACUGCUGAUACCCACCGCAUUGACGCAUUUCGCUGGCAGCAAAUGCUUUGACGCACCAGCGCCCACAGCGCUACCAAAACCGCCGCAGCACUGGACGCUGGGCAAGGCGGAACAUAAGGCAACCAGCAGCGCUGGACCCGGCCUCCACAGUGUGACGACAGCACGCAACCCAGCACUGGCAGCAGAUGCACACACCUAUGGCGGUCACGUGGUUAAGCACUCGAAGCGCAACUUGCUCGACGAUUUCGACACGCACAAUUUAAAGUUGUUGUUAAAUGUGCAAUCGUAACCGUUGCGCGCCUGCCAAUUAUUCCACGAACAACAUCAUCAGCAUAUAUUUUAAAUCAAUACUUAAAAGCGAAAACAAACAAAUUUAAGGCUCUACCAGCAACAAAAUAAAUUACGUCUCUCAGUUAUGAUAAACACUAUGGCAAGGUUGAUGUGAUAUUCGCAAUGAAUCGUGCAAGAGUGCGCUACAAACCAAUCUCAAAUCAGAAAUAAUAUCAUUUCGUAUGAAAAAACAAAAAACUUUUUAACUAGAAUAACUUGAAAACAAGUUUACAAUAGACAUCUCACAAUAAAAAAAAAUAAGUACAUACAUUAAACUAAAAUGUUUGUACGUGGAAAAAACGAAGAAGCUGCGUUAUCAUAAAG